AUGUAUACGCCAAAACAAUUUGGCGUCCUUACAAGGCGGAAGUUUGCUGAUGACAGAGUCGACAUAUGCGCAUUGAAAAAUUGUCAGCAAAACGAUUUAAUUACACAGAAAAAUCGUGAAUUGUUGAAAAUUCGACAAGAAAAUUCCGUGAAAAGUAAAUUGUCAAAUGAGCUGCCAUUGCGAGGAAUGAAAAGCGGAAACAACAAGCAAUUGCCCUUCCAACUUUCAUCACUGGUCCGAAGUGCUGCUGAUAUGUUAAACUUAUUUCAAAGAAUUGCUACCGAAGAACGGAAUACUCAAUAUAUUAAACGAAUUACUCGAAGACAGCCUAUGCAACAGUUACAACAGUUGCCAGCAUUACGUGAAUUUCAAUCGGGAAAAAGAUUGUUAUCGACGAAGUCAUUGGCAGCAUCAAACUUCCGUGACAUACCAAUACCAAGUGUUGUACUAAAAGACAACCACCAAAGUAAGACAACAGCAGACGACACAGUAUGGUCAGAACUACUAUUUGGUCCUCGCGGUGUGUUGACAGCCGUUUUUCACAUCCUUGAUGAUCGGCGUAAAAUCACGACGAAAAAAAGAGAUAGAACCGCGAUCAGCAAAAAUGGCAACAGUAACAGCCAAACAAUUGAUGCUUAUCAUCAAUCAGAUUUGUCACUACUACCUGAUUUCUUGAUUGAUGACGUAAUUCUACAAGACCUAUCAAAGAGAACGAAACAAAAUCAAAACCAAUCGAUUUUGCAAAAAUUUUUUGAAGCAUUUUUAACCGGUUCAAAGGGAAAUUUCGACGAGCGUAUUUCUAAUUUACCGGAAAUACUAGGAAUUUGCAAUCGACUUAGUUGUGGAGAUAUUUACAAAGCUAUCGAUGAAUUCCGAAAAAGUGAAUUUUUCAUUAACUUCCAGACGGCACUACAACUAAUACAAGAUCCGAAAGGAUGGGAGAUUCUCGGUGAUCUCAUUUCAAAUCCUGAUCUGAUCGCUCAAUUCAUCAAUGGGGCAGGAGCUAAGGGUGACCGUGGUAGGAUAGGAAAUUUGUUUGGAGGUAUUACUCGUGCUGGAAAAUCAUCGAGAAAUAAUAGUAAAGAAAUUGGUCCAGAAGACGGCGAUAUCGGCAUCGAUUUCAGUAAGAUGGUUGAAAACGGUAAUAGUGGCUAUGGUGGUGAAUUCAGGAAACCGAAAAAGCCAACUGCUGAAGAAUUACCUGAAAUUGCGGAGAACAUUGAUGCAGUCGACUAUUACAACGCCGUUGAAACUGGUACAGAUAUUGAUGGUACUGAAACGAUUGCUAAACCAGACGUCAUUGUGGUAACAGAAGCUACGACGAUAGCACCUUUAAUGCAGACCAAAGUACCCCCUAUGAUCCCUGAUCUAGAUCUAAUAUUACCCGAAAUUUCCGAAAACAUUGACCAAAUCGGGCAGACCAAAAUAAUAAUUGAUGCCAGCACGCCGACUCCAGCCAAAAUUUCGAACCGACGAAAUGUUGCCACUCUUCGACGAUUGCGACGUCCUUAUAUCACAGUAACUUACAAACCUGUUGUGACAAGAACAACAGCUAUUCGUAAACAGGCCAUCAUCUCUAGCAUCCCAAUAACAACCCGUCAUCCCGCAUGGACUGGUACAACUUCAACAAGAUUAAUCCCUACGACAACGACGAGAAAUUUCCGGGAAGACAGUGACUAUUAUGCAAUGUAUUAUGAUGAUGUGAGGGGUUGA